GCUUGUUUCGCUGUCAGAACGAGAGAAAGAAAAGCUUAGGGUUCGAUCUCGCUCACUCGCCAUGUCCGGAGAAGAAGAAGAGAACGCCGCCGAGCUCAAGAUCGGAGACGAGUUUUUGAAGGCGAAGUGUUUAAUGAACUGUGAAGUGUCUUUGAUCCUUGAGCACAAGUAUGAACAGCUUCAGCUGGUCUCCGAGGAUCCUAUGAACCAAGUCUCUCAAGUGUUUGAGAAGUCGUUGCAGUAUGUGAAGCGUUUUAGCCGCUACAAGAAUCCAGAUGCUGUUAGACAAGUUCGAGAGAUACUGAGUAGACAUCAACUCACUGAGUUUGAGCUCUGUGUUCUUGGCAAUCUCUGUCCUGAAACUGCUGAAGAAGCAGUGGCAAUGGUUCCUUCUCUCAAGACGAAAGGAAGAGCUCAUAGUGAUGAAGCAAUUGAGAAGAUGCUCAAUGAUCUCUCCCUUGUCAAGAGAUUCGAGUAGUAGUGCAAAACAUUCUCAAGAUUGAAGAUUAGAAACAUACAUCAGGGUGCCUUUUAGCUGAUGAUGUCUGGAGUUUAUUUUUCAUGUCUGAAAUUAUAAAGCUUUCAUAUCAGUAUCUCCGGAAUUAUACCUUCGUGUUAAAUGAAUGUAAUUUACAAUGGAUGAUUAUGAAUGUAAUUUGCAAUGGGAUGAUGAUCCAAGCUUGUCAUGAUAUAUGAAUAUGAUGUGCCUAAAGCUACUUGUGAA